GGGCCGGCGCGGUGGUAUUUAAAGCGCCGCGGCGGCGGCUGCUGCCUACCGCAAGGAGCCGGGACGGUGCUGGGAGUAAUCUUCAGCAACACCGUUCUAGUCAGAAAAUGUCUGCUCUUGAAACCCUCUUUCAAUACAUUGACAAACACCAGGACCUCUAUAUUCAGAGGCUGGCUCAAUGGGUGGCAAUCCAGAGUGUGUCAGCAUGGCCGGAAAAGAGGGAUGAAAUCAAGCGUAUGAUGGAGGUUGCUGCAAAGGACAUUGAGCGUCUGGGAGGCACAACCCAACUUAUGGAUAUUGGGAAACAAAAACUGCCAGAUGGAUCAGAGAUCCCCCUUCCACCAGUUGUUUUGGGAACACUUGGCUCAGAUCCAAGUAAAAAGACUGUGUGUUUAUAUGGUCACCUGGAUGUUCAGCCAGCAUUGUUAGAGGAUGGCUGGGAUAGUGAGCCCUUCACGCUGGUAGAAAGAGAAGGAAAGUUGUACGGGCGAGGAUCAACAGAUGAUAAAGGUCCAGUGCUUGCCUGGCUGAAUGCCUUGGAGGCUUACCAACAAACUAACCAGGAGUUUCCAGUAAAUAUUAAGUUCUGCUUAGAAGGUAUGGAAGAAUCAGGAUCUGAAGGCCUUGAUGAACUUAUUUUUGCUCAAAAAGAUACUUUCUUCAAAGAUGUGGAUUAUAUUUGCAUUUCUGACAACUACUGGCUAGGCAAGAAGAAGCCUUGUAUCACUUAUGGCUUGAGAGGCAUCUGCUACUACUUCAUAGAGGUGGAAUGUAGUGACAAAGACCUUCAUUCUGGAGUUUAUGGUGGCUCAGUACAUGAGGCCAUGACAGAUCUCAUUACUGUAAUGGCUUCUCUUAUAGACAAGAAAGGGAAAAUCUUAAUCCCAGGCAUUAAUGAAGCAGUGGCACCUGUUACUGAUGAAGAGCUGGCACUAUAUGAGAAGAUUGAUUUUGACCUGGGAGAAUAUGCAAAAGAUGUAGGAGCAACAAAACUAUUGCAUGAUACAAAGAGAGAUAUCCUUAUGCAUAGGUGGAGAUACCCUUCCUUGUCUCUCCAUGGAAUUGAAGGAGCAUUCUCAGCCUCCGGAGCCAAGACUGUCAUUCCUAGGAAAGUGAUUGGCAAGUUCUCAAUCAGACUUGUGCCGAACAUGACUCCUGAAGAAGUCACUAAGCAUGUUGAAGAAUAUGUGAGCAAAAAAUUUGCAGAGCUGCAUAGCCCCAACAAAUUCAGAGUGUACUUAGGCCAUGGUGGAAAACCCUGGGUGUCAGACUUCAACCAUCCCCACUACAUGGCUGGCAGGAGGGCCAUGAAGACAGUUUUUGGAGUUGAACCAGACCUGACGAGGGAGGGAGGAAGCAUUCCUGUUACACUUACUUUUCAAGAAGCAACAGGCAAGAAUGUCAUGCUGCUUCCUGUUGGAGCUGCAGAUGAUGGUGCUCACUCUCAAAAUGAGAAGCUAAAUAGGUACAACUACAUCCAGGGGGUGAAGAUGCUUGGUGCAUACCUCUAUGAAGUUUCCCAGCUGAAGGACUAAGACAAUUAGCUCCUGGUUUAUGGAUCAGAAGUCUGAAUUCUCUUAUGAAGUAUCAUCAAUUACCAAGUCUCACAUGGCUCCCCUUUUCCACCAAUACUCCACUGCCUUGGUGGGGCAGAGGGAAGCAUACAGUUCCACUUGAACCAAAAAUAUUUCUUUAAAUACUUACAUCAAAAUGACACAGACUAUUCUUUAUCUGGCCCAGCAGUACUGAACUGCAUCUUUGUCCCUCUGUAUCACUUUCAAGUUGUGGUUUGCUGUAUUCAUCUACUUUUCCUGUAAAGCAAGAGGAAAGGUUUGCUCUCAACUGUUAAAGCAGCCACAUCAGUUGCAGAACUGCUAGUCAAGUUUAAGAUUCUUUUUUCUGGAUAUGUUCUGGAAGUAAGUAGUCAAAGUGGGCAGAUUAUGGGGCUAUACUUGAAUGUGUUCAAAGCUGUAGCGAGGCAUCUAUCUUGCUAACUGAGUGAUUUGGAAGAGCAGUUGUCUCUUACAGCUUUAUAGCUGAUUGCAGGUUCAAUUUACAGUGAAUUAGGUUUUAACAAAAUUCACUGUGGUAAUGACUACUGGCCAUCUUUUUGUAAAGCUGUCUUUGUACUCCUUAAAAAAGGACAAAUAAAUAAUCAUGCUCUAGAGCUUG